AUGAGUUCAACAAUGACAAAAGGCAAAACUAGCAAACAAAUAUCAUGUAAAGUUCACAUGUUAGACGAUCAAGAAUUACCAUUUCAUAUCGACCCGAAAGCAACUGGACAAGAUUUAUUUACUACAGUUUGUAACUAUAUUGAUUUACUUGAAAAUGAUUAUUUCGCACUUGAAUAUCUUGAUAGUCGUCGAAAUACUUGUUGGCUUGAAAUGGAUAAACCUGUACUUAAACAAGUUACUGAAACUAAAUUUUCAUUUUGUGUUAAAUUUUAUACACCCGAUCCUGGCCAAUUAGAAGAAGAAUUUACUAGGUAUCUUUUUGCAUUACAAAUAAAACGUGAUCUUAAUAUUGGUACACUACUAUGUAGUGAUAAUACUGCUGCUUUACUCGCAUCAUAUAUUGUUCAAGCGGAAAUUGGUGACUAUCUUGAAUCAUAUAAUAAUAAUCCAAAUUAUUUAGGUGGUAGAAAGUUUUUUCCACACCAAACAGCUGAACAUGAAGUUCGUAUAAUGAAUUUUCAUAAAAAUCAUGUUGGUCAACUUCCAGCUGAUGCCGAUCUUAAUCUACUUGAUAUUGCUCGUAAAGUUGAAUUAUAUGGUAUAAAAAUGCAUCCGGCUAAAGAUCAUGAACAAGUCAAUCUUAAUUUGUCUGUUGCACAUAUGGGAAUACUUGUCUUUCAAAAUAUAACGAAAAUUAAUACAUUUUCAUGGGCUAAAAUUCGUAAAUUAAGUUUUAAACGUAAAAAAUUUUUGAUUAAAUUACAACCAGAAGGCUAUGGUUAUUAUAAAGAUACAGUCGAAUUUUAUUUUGAUACACGUGAUGAAUGUAAAAAUUUUUGGAAAAAAUGUAUUGAAUAUCAUGCUUUUUUUCGUUGUGUGACAAUAAAACGAACACCACGUUCAAGAAGUAAAUUAUUAACACGUGGUUCAUCAUUUCGAUAUAAUGGUCGAACACAAAAAGAAGUUGUAGAAUAUGCACGUGAACAUUAUAUUAAAAAUCGAGCAUUUAUUCGAUCCUAUUCAAAUACUCGAACAGUUGCGCCAACAACUAGUCGUGCACUUCGUUCACCUGGUACAGGACUUAAAACCUCAGAUACAAUGCGUAGUCAAGAUACAAAUCUCUCAUCUAUUGAUUCAACUCGUCAACCUACACGUCAAACUGGAAUUUCAACAACAACCAAAAAUCAACCAACAACAGCUACAGGAACUACAGAUCUAAAUAUUUCAACAACACCAAAUGAUAUUUAUCAACAAGUUUAUCAUGAUGAUUCAUCAACACAUGGUAGUCGAACAUUAGAUUCAAGAUUUAGUCGUGAUAAAUAUGAUCUAUCAGGUGGUGGUACUACAGAUGAAGAUGAAGAUAAUGAAGAAGAGCAAAAGAUUCAAAAUCAAUCUAAUGAACAAACACAAAAACCAAUUAAUGGUUCAUCAUCACCACCACUACUACCGCCACCGCCACCACCACCACCACCAACAACAACAGCGAUUCCACAUGAUAAAGAAAUAACUGAAAUUGAACAAACAAUAAAUUCCAAGCAUGAAAUUGAACUUGAUGAAUUAGAUAAAAGUAAGUCGCCGGGUAUAGAAAAUAUUUUAUAUAAAGGCGUUCAUGAUAAUAAAGAGGAAGAAGAUGAAGAAGAAAAAGAAGAAGAUUAUAGUGAAUCGAAUCAUAAAAAAGAAAAUCGAGUAAGCUUAGAAAUUUAUCAUAAUGAUAAGAAUAAAAAUAGUAAAAACGAAAUAAUUAAAAAUACAUCGAAUGAAUUUGAAAAUGUAAAACGUUAUUCAUCAUCAUUAAAAAUGUAUUUAAAUUCACGACAUUCAACUGGUGGUUCACAUUCAAUAUGUAUAACAACAAAUGUAAAUAAUUUACAAAAUGAUAAUGAAGAUGAUGAACAACAAAAAUUACUAUUAAAACGUCAACAACAACAGCAGCGUUCACAUUCAUUACAAAUAGAACGUACAUUAUCAAUAGAUUUAACACAUUCACCAUCAAGUUCAUCAUCAUCAUUAUUAGAACCACCAAAUAUUGAACGUUUAAUUGGUUCAAAUAUUAAGGAUCAUAAUGAAAUAUUACCUAUAGAUAAUGUUUCACCACCAAUCGUUUUAGAAAUACGUUCAAAACCACAUUCAUUACCACGUAUGACAAAUUAUAUUGAAUAUAUUGAUAGACGUAUAUUACCAUCAAUAAACAGUCUAUCAUGGCAAGAUGAUACAAUCGCCAAUGAUCAAAUUAUUCCAUUGUAUGAUAAAGAAUCUUCCGAAGAUUCAAUAGAAUUAGUUCGACAAGUAAUCGAAUCUAUCCUUACACAAAUUGUUGAAGAAGAAAGACAACUAAUCGCUACUGUCGAUCGUCUUGUCGAACAAGCAUGUUCACGCGCAUUGAGUUUAUAUAUUAUGGAAUGUCGUGCACAAAUAUUUGCUGGAUCUUCUAAUAUACCUCAUCAUAAAUCGUGCAUUUUAAGAACAGUAAAAACUGAUAAAAAUCAUGAUAAUGAUAAUGAUGCUAAUAAUCUAGCAUCUCGUUUACGUACAAAAUCAAGUCCAGUAAUUGCAACGACAACUGAUUGGACUGAUGUAAGUCGUAAAUUGGCUGCUCAAACAUGUUUUGCUGCUUUUCCAAGUGGAAAUAAUUUACAUGAUUUAAAUCGAUCAGAUUUUUCAACAUUUUCAGAAGCUAAACUAAAAUUUUUUAAUAUUCUUUCUAAUGAUGUAAUUCCUUCGCAAUCUUCUGUGUCACUUCCUCCACUUCUUCCUCUUUCUACAUCUGUUCCUAAUGUUAUGUCAUCAUCAUCAUCAACACGUUCAUCUCGUGCUUCAUCUGUUUCAUCCUAUGCAUCAUCAAUGCAUGUACCAUGUCCACCUGUACUUGACAGUCAUUUAAAACGUUAUCAACGUCCAUUAUCAGCACGUCUUCUUGAUUUAAGUGAUGAUUCAGAUUCGAAUCCAACAACAUCUAUAAGUACUAGUUUAAAAACUUGUAUUAUACCGACAACAAUAUCUAAUCCUAAUCCUUCCUUGCCUCCACCAGUACGUGCUCAACGUCGUCUUCAACAACAACAAAAACGACGUUCAACUGAAGAUCUUAAUUCAUCAAGUGAUGAUUCACUUUCAAAUCAUUUAAAUAAAGCAGCCGGUUAUCGUUCUGUUUUUGUUCAACGAGAUUCAAUAUCACCAGUUCAACAACAGUAUCGUCGUGAGAUAAGUGGAUUUGUUAAUAAUCAUCGACCUGUGCCACCUAUAACAAAUAGUACACCACAAAGAAAAUCUUCAACUACUGAUCAACAAUUAAUUUCAGUAGCACAAAGAUUAAGUCUUACUAAACAAACUUCAAUCAUAAAUAAUGAUAAUGCUGAUAUUAAUAGUUCAAACAAAAGGUCUUCAAUUGGUGAAAGUAUGUUACCAGUUUCUUCUGUGUUAAAAACAUUUAUUAAUCAGACUGAUGAAACGAAUAUCGAUGAUAAUAAGACUCGAGCAAUUCCAAUUAUUCAUGAAUAUCGUUCACCAAUGACAACUUUGAGUAAGAUUGAAUCCAGAACCACAACUGUAUAUCAACAAUCACGUAUGUAUUAUGAUUUAAAGAUUACAAAAAAAAACAAUAAUUAA